GAAACGGCUAGCUAGCAGCACAAACGUAUUUUUCCCAUUAUGCUCAGUUGGAGGUAAACAGGAAUUAUUACGUUGCUUCAGAUUCAGUGAGUUACUUUAGCUCUAAAUUUUCAGCUGUUUUGGUAAUGGUAUACGAUAUUAAACAUGAAAAAUUUGCAACUAUCAGCCUUGGUUUGCAGUGGACCUACUAAUUUUCAGUAAGCUAGCGCAGUUAUACUUGAAUAGGGAAGACAAACUAGCUAGGUGCUGGAGUUAUGGGUAUCGCCUUUUUCUGUGAUUUCUAACCAGAACACCAAAAAUGAUGACAACUGUCUCUGUGGAGCUUUCAAGAUGGUUCCCUACUGUCACUGGACCUUCCUGCAAGUCAUCUUGGUUGCCGCUUUUAAACAGCAUGGAGACUGAAAUCACAACCUUGGACCCCCACAUCGGGUGUACCCAGCCUCUUGCCAGUUGACAGAUGGGGUCUGGUCCAGCCUCCCACCCCUGCAGCUCCAACUGCUGGAUGGGUUGUCCGACUUUUGCAGAAAGCCCCAAGUGGACAUCCCGGGAAGUGCAGCCAUUUGCACUUCGAUUGGCUUCAUUUUUCAACUCAAGAGGAUGCGGCCUGGAUUUGAGUCCAGCUCAAAGACAAACAGGUAUCACAGAGAGCUUCGGAGCUGCCGUCCACUCACUCACCACCUCUCAUCUGACAGACGUGGUGAUUCACAGGAGCAAAAGGAUGAUGCUGGACACUCUGGGCGUCGGGCUGUUAGGGACCAGGACAGCUGUGUUCAACACGGCUCUCAAGUACAGCCAGUCUUUCACGUCUGACGAGAGGAGCAGUGUUUGGGGUAAAUCGGAGAUCUCUCUUCCUCCUCACUUUGCUGCGUUUGUUAAUGGCAUCGCGGUUCACUCCAUGGACUUUGAUGACACUUGGCACCCUGCUACUCAUCCCUCAGGAGCCGUGUUACCAGCCCUGCUUGCCCUGACAGAGACCAUGCCCUGCCAGCCCUCUGGUCUGGACCUGCUGCUGGCCUUCAAUGUGGGCAUCGAGGUUCAGGGCAGACUCAUGAGGUUCUCCAAAGAGGCCUACAACAUCCCUGAAAGAUUCCAUCCUCCCAGCGUUGUCGGUGUUAUGGGCAGUGCUGCGGCCUCAGCGAAGCUCCUGGCUCUGUCCCCUGCUCAGUGUUCUCACGCUUUGGCCAUCGCAGCUUCCUCUGCUGGGGCUCCUUUAGCCAACGCCGCCACACAAACCAAACCUCUCCACAUAGGAAACGCUGCUCGGAGAGGCCUGGAGGCGGCUCAGCUGGCCCAGCUGGGACUGGAGGGGAACCCAGAGAUCCUGGAUAAGAACUGCGGGUUUGGGGUUUAUUACAAAGACUACAGCCCAUCAGCAAUGCCACAUCCUGCCUCUGCUGACUUUAAAUGGAUGCUUGAAAAUCAGAACGUUGCCGUCAAGCGCAUCCCGGCUCAUCUGGGGAUGCACUGGGUCGUGGAUGCAGCUCUGGCAGCCCGUGCAAAGCUUGAAGACACUGAGGGGAACUUUGACCUCCACAGAAUCAGCCACAUCACUCUGAAAGUGCCUCCAUCAAAGUACAUCGACUGCCCCUUGCCUACAACAGAGCACCAAGCCAGGCACUCAUUCCAAUUUAACUGCGGCUCCGCUCUGCUGGAUAACGAAGUGGCAGUGUCGUCUUACAGCGAAGCUAAGAUCAACAGACCUGCCCUGAAGGAGCUCCUGUCUAAAGUCAAGGUGGAGACCCCUGAAGACAACCAACCCAGCUUUGAUAAGAUGUAUUGUGAGGUUCAGAUAGAAACAGAUCAGGGGCAGAGGUAUGAGGCCAGGUGUGAUACCUUCUAUGGCCACUGGAGGAAGCCACUGAGUGAGAAAGACCUGGUGGAGAAAUUCAGUGUUAAUGCUUCUUCAGUGUUGUGCACAGAGGGAGUGGAGGGAGUGAUUGAUGUGAUUGGGAACAUAGAGCGAGUAAGAGAAAGCUCAAUUUUGAGUUCAUAUCUGAGAAUGACCAGCAGUGAGCAUCAGCAGUUUUGCAGGACCAGGAGCCUGUGAUUUUACUGUACUUGUAUGUGGUGUAACUUUUUCUUUCAUGUAUAAGCAAAUUGCAAUGUAAAUAUUUGACACUUAUCUCUUUUUCCAUGGUGCAAGAAAUAAAAUAAAGUCAACUCAAAAAGCGA